AGAGAGAGAGAGAGUGUGUGUGGUUCUGUGUGUGUGUGUGUGUGUGUGUGUGUGUGUGUGUGUCCUUUGCAAUAUUUGGGCUGCAUGUGUUCUUAUUGUGCGCGUGCACAGUCUGAACAGUCGCUGAAGUACUACUACACAAAUAAACCGCCGCGUGCACGUACACUCACGCACUUGCAGCCGCCGCAAUACAUAUUCCAAUGCCCCCCCCCCUUAACCGACAGCCAAUCAGCGUGUACUAUCCUGCGGAGUGGGCGGGGCGUGCGACUCAUGAAUAUCCAGCAGGAGCGCGCGGCGUGCGCGUAGACCGCGGGGUCGAGAGUAGUGUUGUGUUGUGUUCGCGCCUGAGACGCGGCGGGUUUCACACACGGGCCCUGAACGGCUGCAGCGGAGAGACAGCGCGAGGUUCCCCCGGUGCAGGAGGCAGCAGCUCCCGGUAACGGUCUUUCGGAUCACCGCCCCCUCACCCACCCCCACCCCACCGGUGCGCGCACGGAGCUCAGCAGCGGACAAUGCCUGGCAAAGCCGCGGUGGCAGCGGCGCCUCAGCCCCGUGCCAGCGUCGUGACGGUGGCACCGCAGAAGUCGUUUCCGUUUGUUUUGAAGAAGAUCAUGGACAUCCCCCCCCCGAACAUCCUGGAGGAGGGGGACGACGAAAUAGAGAAGGAGAAGCUCUGCUCAUCUGAGGAUGUGGAGGGAGGCGGGGCAGAGUCAGCCAGUGCUGGUGCUGGUGGAGGUUCUCGAGGAGGAGGUGGCGGUGGCGGUGGCGGAGGAGGAGGAGGAGGAGGAGGAGGCGUGUCAGCCUCCCUGACCCCUGCCAUUUGGGAUAAGACCAUUCCCUAUGAUGGGGAGACCUUCCACCUGGAGUACAUGGACCUGGACGAGUUCCUCCUGGAGAACGGCAUCCCCGUCAGCCUGGAGCAGGGCCUGCAGAAGACGCUGACCUCCGUGGAGGGCAAAGGCAAAUCCAUCGCCAAGGUUGCUGCUCCUGCUGCCACUGUUGUUGCUACUCCUCCUCCUCCUCCUCCUCCUGCUGCUGCCGCUGCUGCUGCUGCUGCUGCUGCUGCUGCUGCUGCUUCAGCCUCAGCAUCCUCCCCAUCCUCCCCCUCUGCCUCCAGCGCCACCUCCACUGUCACCUCAGAACCAGAAGAAACGAAGACGAUCACCACUUUACAACCAGCUAAACUAGAGGAAGAGGAAGAGGAAGAAGAAGAAGAAGAGGAAGAGGAAGAGGAGGAGGAGGAGGAAGAGGAAGAAGAAGAAGAAGAAGAAGAGGAAGGACAAGAAGAGGAAUCUCAGUGUGAGGAGGAGACAGCAGAAGUGAAGGAGAAGAAACCAAAACGCAGCACGCCCUCCCCCAUUGACCCAGAUGCACUUGAGGUGGACAUCAACUUCCAACCAGAUCCCACAGACCUGGUCCUGUCCAGUGUUCCGGGAGGAGAACUGUUCAACCCCCGCAAACACAAGUUCUCGGACCAGGAGCUGAAGCCACAGCCCAUGAUCAAGAAGGCCAAGAAAGUGUUUGUUCCUGACGAACGCAAGGAUGAGAAGUACUGGUCCAGGAGAAAGAAGAACAACCUGGCGGCGAAGCGCUCCCGUGACGCGCGGCGGCUGAAGGAGAACCAGAUCACGGUGCGCGCCUCCUUCCUGGAGCGGGAGAACGCGGCGCUGAGGCAGCAGGUGGCCGAGAUGCGGAAGGACUGCGGCCGCUGCAAGAACACCCUGGCCCGGUACGAGGCGAAGUACGGCCCGCUGUAAACCCGUCCGAAUAUAACCUGUGAGGUGUCAAUGAGACAAAAGCAGAAGUCCCUUCCCCACAAAAUUCAACACAGACACAAAUACCAAGGGAAUCUCCAUUUGCACUUUUGUCUUCGCUGGCCACCAGUCACUGUGUUCUGUGCUCCAGUUGUUGUUGUUGUUGUUGUUGAUUUCAACCUGAUGCUGGAGUUUUGGAUUCACACUGGCAGGCAGUGAGGCGUGAUGGGAGCGGUGGUCACAGGACGGCCUGUGGAGAGCGCCUGGCUCCUUCACUCAGAGUGUGAUUGUGGAAACUCCCGAAGGUCACACACACACGGAGGUCAAGGUCUGUCUCGAGACGGUUUCAGAGAAGUUGAGGGAUAAGAAAAAGAGCAGGCUGGUACAAAAGAGUCACACGUUUUUUUUUUGAAAAACGAAGACACACACUUCCAUUUUCCUCACUGCACAGCAGCUCUUCCUAGAGGACCAAAGCAUGAGUAACGUCAGCUAGAAGUCGUGUAUUUAGAAAAGGGGCACGCGGUCCCUCACGUUUCCUUGUGUUGCACUUACGUUAGUGUCUGUACUUCCUUUAAAAUGCUCCAGCUGAGGCUCAUAGGAAGGCCCGGGGGGGAGAGGGACACACGAAAACAUGAAUUCAGGAGCAGGAGGCGGAUUCGCCGCCUGAAGAGAGAGACGGAGACGAGUCAAAGAGCUCAGGUCAGCAGAGGAGGAGGAGAGGAGGAGAUAGUGGCGAGAUUCAGUCACAGUUAAUUCCCUCUUGUAAUCCACAUCUGCACACACACACACACACACACACACACACACAC